UCCAUGUAACAUUAAUUUGCCAUAUUUUAAUACACAUACAAACAUAUAUAUACACUGUAUGGGACUAGAAUCUAAAAAUUAGGUGGAGUGAUGGAGAUCCCGGAUUCAUCGUCGGCCAAUCAACACCCUCAUCUGCCACCAGGUUUCCGAUUCCACCCCACCGACGAAGAGCUCGUAGUCCAUUACCUCAAAAACAAGGCCGCUUCCGUCCCCUUACCUGUUACAAUCAUUGCCGAAAUUGAUCUCUACAAGUUCGAUCCAUGGGAGCUUCCAAGUAAGGCGACAUUUGGUGAACAAGAGUGGUAUUUUUUCAGUCCUAGAGACCGGAAGUACCCGAAUGGGGCUAGGCCUAAUCGGGCGGCCACUUCCGGGUACUGGAAAGCUACGGGCACAGAUAAGCCCAUACUAACGUCUAAUGGAACUCACAAGGUUGGUGUGAAAAAAGCACUUGUUUUCUACUGUGGAAAGCCUCCUAAAGGGAUCAAAACCAAUUGGAUCAUGCAUGAGUAUAGACUUGUGGAUCACAGUUCAACCACCAAACCUCCUCCCACCAAAAACAACUCUUUGCGGCUUGAUGAUUGGGUGUUAUGCCGGAUUUACAAGAAAAACAAUUCGAACAGAGUGAUGGAGCUGGACGGGGAUGAUUCCAUGGAUGAUAUGCUAAUGUCGAAUUCAAAUAUGGACGAGCAUCAAAAUCAAACUUCAAGGGCUAUGAAUGAUGGGGCAAUAUUGCUCAAGAAUGAAGACAAUUUAUUUGAUAGCUCCAUGUCACAAUUGGCUUCUUCGAGUGCGGCCAUGGUCUGCUCCAGUGUGAAACGAUCACUCCCAUCUCAACAAUGGAAUGAAAUGGGGUCCGUUGGAUCGUCGUUGGGGAAGCGAUAUCAUGCUGAUCAUCACUACAACACAAGCAAUGGGACGACUACUGGAAAUGACUCCUAUGUCUCUCUGCUCAAUCAGCUGCCACAAACUUCUUCUUUAUAUCCAAAUGCACUUCUUGGCUCAUCACUUGGUGAUGGCGAUUUGAGACAACCUUAUCAGCUACCCGACAUGAAUUGGAACUCCUAGGAUGAUUUUUUUUUUUUUCCUGUGAUUGAUGGGUGUGACUCUACAUCUUUUAUAUAUAUAUAUAUAUAUAUAUAUAUUGAUACAAAAGAUGUAUAUAUAUACUACUAUAUAUAUAGGUGCAUACCAAUAUUCAUCCCGGAAGAAUUAGUUGAAGUUGAUCAAGAUUCUGGGAGUAGUAGUGUUCACGAGUAAUGCAGGAAUCGGUUUUUUUGACAUGCUCCAAUAGAUAGCAACAAGCUUAUUUUUUACCUUACUUAUUUU